GCGUUGUUGCUGAAUCGUGCUCCGGGAAAGCUGCUCCCGUUUUCCUGCGCGUCGGCUGUUUAUAUUUGAGGCAGGACCGUAGGUGUGUCUGAGGAUAACAUGCAGAAUAUAUUCAAAUAUGCUCGGCAGCCGGAUGGCGUGAAAGAGCCGCACUGAGGAGAAGACAGAAGUGAGGCGCGCAUGUUCCGUAAGGAGGAGAGAAAAGGCGAAAGCACGCUUCUCACAGCGUUUUUACAGCAUGGAUUUUGCUUACAAAACCACCGCAGGGAUGUUUGCGCUGUUGUUUAUGCUUCUUUGCUGCUACCGCGGGAUACUUUGUAAAGAAAAUUGUGACAGCCAACUUGUCUUCGCUCUGCCUCAGACUUCAUUCUACAGCUCCUCCCAAUUUUCCAGCACGCACAGUCCUGGUUUUGCCAAGCUCAACAGAAGAGAUGGUGCUGGUGGGUGGUCCCCAUUGGAAUCCAACAGAUAUCAAUGGCUUGAAAUUGAUCUGGGAGAGAGGACUGAGAUUACUGCCGUCGCCACACAAGGGAGAUACGGCAGCUCAGACUGGGUAACCAGUUACUCUCUAAUGUUCAGCGAUACAGGCAGGAAUUGGAAACAAUAUCGUCAAGAGGAUAGUAUUUGGGUGUUCCCUGGAAAUACAAAUGCUGACAGUGUUGUUCAUUACAAAUUGUUACAGCCUGUGUUAGCUCGCUUCCUAAGAGUAGUUCCCUUGGAUUGGAAUCCCAAUGGGAGAAUAGGCUUGAGGCUGGAAUUAUACGGAUGCACCUAUAAGUCUGAUGUGGCCAGUUUUGAUGGCAGCAGCUCAUUACUCUACAGGUUCAGUCAGAAUUCAAGUGAAUUGACCAAAUAUGUGAUCUCCAUGAAGUUCAAAACACUGCAGAAAUCUGGAGUCAUCAUACACGGAGAGGGACAUCAUGAACAUAAACUCACACUGGAGUUAUUUAAAGGACAGCUCUUUCUUCACAUCAGAAUCGGCACAUCGAGGUUGAUCUCCUCAAACAAAAACUCCCAUGUGGUAAAGCUAGGGAGCCUCCUGGAUGACCAGCACUGGCAUUAUGUGGUUAUCGAGCGCAUUAACAGGCACUUUAACUUCACCGUGGACAAAAGCACUCAACAGUUUGAAAUCAAUGGCGAUUUCAUUCGCUUUAAAAUCAGUGAGCUCAGCUUUGGUGGUGCCUUGAGUCAUGAGAAGUCCGGAACACUUUCAAAAAGGAAUUUCCUUGGGUGUCUGGAGAACCUGUUCUACAAUGAAAUCAAUCUCAUUGACCAGGCAAAAAAGAAACAGCAGAUUGCAUCCAUGGGCAAUGUAACCUUUGCUUGCUCUGAGCCAGCCAAUGUUCCUGUGACCUUUGUGGAUACGGAGAGUUACCUCCAGUUGCCCGGAGCUUCCCAGAGAGACAGUAUGUCAGUCAGCCUGCAGUUCCGAACAUGGAACAAAGCAGGACUCCUGCUGACCACUGAAUUAUACCGAGAAGCUGGACGCUUGUGGAUUUACCUCUACGAGGGGAAAGUCUACCUGCAGAUAUCUAAGUCAGGAAGGAUUCAGGUGGAUAUUACAACAGGGUCUGCAUUAAAUGAUGGGAUGUGGCAUUCUGUGGACUUGAACGCAAGGAGAGGCCGAUUAACACUCAUGGUGGAUAAGGAGGCCGGGUCUGCAGCCCACGCCAAUGCCUUCUUUCAUGCUGAUGCUGGAACACACUAUUUUUUCGGUGGGUGCCCCAACAGAGAAAAUUCUCCGGAAUGUAAAAAUCCAUUCCAUGUUUUUCAAGGAUGUAUGAGACUGAUAUAUAUUGAUGGUAACGCUAUAGACUUAAUAAAAGUGCAGCAAUCACUCAUCGGUAAUUACAGUGAUUUACAAAUGGAUCUCUGCGGUAUUAUUGAUAGGUGUUCACCUAGUCACUGUGAGCAUGGAGGAAGAUGCACGCAGUCCUGGAAUACAUUCUACUGCAAUUGCACUGGUACAGGAUAUAUGGGAGCAACAUGCCACAGCUCUAUUUAUGAACAGUCAUGUGAAGUCUACAAGCACAGAGGCAACACGUCUGGAUUUUAUUUUAUAGAUGUAGAUGGAAGUGGUCCCCUCAGUCCACAGAUAGUCUACUGUAAUAUGACAGAUAAGAUGUGGAUGGUGGUACAACACAAUAACACUGAGCUGACCAAAUUAAAAUAUUCCGGAGGGAUAAAUCAGCACUUAACCUACUUUAACUAUUCUGCCAACAUGGACCAACUUCGAGCUAUAAUUAACCAAGCUGAGUACUGCGAGCAGGAACUGUCCUACCACUGCAAGAAGUCUCGUCUCUUAAACACACCCGAUGGAGCUUCCUUCAUGUGGUGGGUGGGAAGAACAGAUGAGGUGCAGACAUACUGGGGUGGAGCAGGACCAGGGAGCCAAAAGUGUUCUUGUGGCCUACUGGGAAACUGCAUAAACUCCAGCCUGUACUGCAACUGUGAUGCUGACAGAAACGAAUGGACCAGUGACACAGGCAUCCUCUCAUUUAAAGAGCAUUUACCCGUUACUACAAUAUCUUUUGGGGACAUAAACAGAGCAGGCUCAGAAGCAGCUUAUAAGGUUGGGCAUCUGCAGUGUUACGGUGACAAGAACUUCUGGAAUGCUGCCUUUUUCACUAAGGAGACGUCAUACCUUCACUUCCCCACUUUUCAUGGGGAACUUAGUGCUGAUAUAUCUUUUUUAUUUAAGACCAGGGCCUCAUCUGGUGUGUUCCUGGAAAAUCUGGGAAUUAAAGAUUUCAUUCGCAUUGAACUCGACUCCCCGUCUGAGGUUGUUUUCUCGUACGACGUGGGAAAUGGUCCAUUUGAUGUGAGAGUUAAGACACAGACUCCAUUAAAUGACAACCGGUGGCACUAUGUGAAAGCUGAGAGGAAUGUGAAAGAAGCUUCUCUGCAAGUGGAUCAGCUACCUACUCGGAGCCAGAAAGCCCCUGUCAAUGGGCACAUUCACCUACAACUCAACAGCCAAUUAUUUGUAGGAGGCACAGCGUCAAGGCAGAAAGGCUUUCUGGGAUGCAUCCGUUCUUUACAGCUGAAUGGAGUAACGCUGGAUCUUGAGGAACGGGCCAAGAUCACGCCUGGAGUAAAAGCAGGUUGCCCUGGUCACUGUAGCAGCUAUGGCAGCCUCUGUCAGAAUGAAGGCAGAUGUGUGGAGAGGUACAAUGGAUUUGAGUGUGACUGCAGUUUUUCUGCAUUUUUGGGACCAUUCUGCACAAAAGAGGUCUCUGCUUACUUUAAACCUGGAACAUCUAUAGCGUACACCUUUAAGGAACCAUAUGAACUGAACAGAAAUGCAAGUUCCCAAUCGUCUUCUAUUUACUCAGAUUUGACUCUUAGAGGUGAAAUCAUUGCAUUCAGUUUCCGCACAACUCAGGCUCCUGCACUGCUCCUGUAUGUUAGCUCGUACUACCGGGAGUACCUUGCAGUCGUGCUCAACAGAAAUGGUUACUUGGAUAUUAAGUACAAAUUGCAAAAUAACAAAGAUGCAGAAGUAUUCAGGAUACAUACAAGAAAUAUUGCAAAUGGACUGAUACAUAAAGUGAUCAUAAAACGGCAAGCAGAUGCUCUUAGUGUUCAGAUUGACCAGAACGCCAGAGAGGAAUUCAAUAUAACAUCUGACACUGAAUUCAAUGCAAUCAAGUCAAUUGUUAUUGGAAAAAUAUAUGACAGUAGUGACCUGGACCCUGAUAUUUCCCGCCUGAAUUUUCUGGGCUUCACCGGGUGCCUCUCUGGGGUGCAGUUCAACAGCCUUGCUCCACUUAAGGCAGCCCUGCUCUACCCAAAUAGCAGCCCCGUCACUGUUAAGGGGUAUCUCUACGAGUCACAGUGCGGAACCUCACUGACAAAUCCCUUCGCUGUGGAAGCCACUCAUUCAUUGUCAGAUCAUUCGGGUACAAUAGAUACCACUGAGCCAAUAGUCAAUGCAAUAAGGAGCGACUCUGCUCUAAUUGGAGGUGUCAUUGCUGUUGUUAUAUUCAUCAUUCUCUGCGCAUUGGCAAUAAUGGCAAAGUUUCUGUAUCGACGAAAAGAAACCUUCCAAAGCAGAGAAGCCAAGGCACCCGAACUGGAUGACAGCCCUGAUUUUCCUUUCACCAAUGAUCCAAACUCACAGAACAUACUGAGUGAGAACCAAAAGGAAUACUUGAUGUGAUAAAUUUCUCAAUGCUGAAGUGAAUCAAGAUAAUCUGGGGACAAAAAUGCCUUGCCAAGUCUAAAGACACUAACAGUUAAUGUGGAGUAUGCAUAAGUCCCUGAGUAACAGUAAACACUGGUUAAUUGAGUUUAAACAAAAAACAAUUUUCCACAUAUUUUUUAUUAUUUUUGUAUAUAUAUAUGCUACUACUUAAUAUAUGUUAAAGGUGUUGGUCCUGGCUUGUAAAUAUUCUUUACAAUGUACAUGCUUAAUUAACGCAUUAAUAAUAAUAUCUCGUAUUUGCAUUUUUUUCAGCUUCACAAAACACGAUUAAAGAAAUGAAUUAAGAUGCACACUACCUACAGUUUAAUGCUGUUUCAUGAAACAUAGUGAAACAUAUUGUCAGAUUUAAAAAAAUAAAUGUUUGAAGUGUUUAGUAGAAUGAAUUUUGAUGUUAUAAUACUUCUGACAGUACUUUUUGACAGAAUUAUUUGACACAUUUUUAUACUUUUUUCUGGAUUUCUGUUUUUUGCCAAAUUUCAUUUGUGCCCGUCGGAACUGCCUGUCAGCAACACUUUCUUGUCUCAUAAGAAGCAGAGGGCAGGAGAUUCAUGCUCCUCUGAGUCAUUUGCACAACAGAUCACGAUAUAGUCUAAUAACACUAAAAUUUACAAGGAGGGGCCAUGCACUCCCCGCUGAUGACAUCAAACAAUUAUAAGGUACUUGGCAGACCACUGGAGCCUUUUCAUCUUUAAAGAGGCUAGUUGAUGAGAACAUUGUGGUGGACAGCUCUAGCACCAAAGACGAGAUGAGCGCAUGCUGUAAGAGAACAUUACAUGCCUUGUAUUUUUGGUGAAUGUCUGAGGGCUUUGACAGAGCAGGAUUGAAGCAGGUAACGUCACUGUUUGGAAUGAGGUAACAUGUAUGCUUGGAAUGAGCUCACUUCACAGCAAAAAUGUAUUAUCUGUGUAACAGCGGGAAAAAAACUGUUUAUAUUUAUUUAUUGUCUUCUAUAAAUAUAGUACUUGGUUUUGUAAUGGUUAAGAAACCAGUAUUAAUUGAAGUUACAUAAUGAAAUUAUUUCUUGAUCUUGAAUCAUCAAAUGUAGAGAAAUUCAGAUACUAUAUGAUACAUAAUGUUUACACAGUAAGACAGGUGAUGUGUCAAAAAUGUGAUUUUUCAUUACAUGAUUCUGUAAAUUAGUGGGGUGGACUUUGAUUCAUGUAAAUGAAACAACUGAAUUGUUAAACCAUUUUGAAAUUUUAUUUUCAUCCAUUAAUUAUAACAGAAAACAUAAACUUGCAUACCUG